GUAAUACCUGUAAAUAGAACGGUACUAUUACGGGUUGACUUGUUUAAUCUAGAAGCGCGCAAGCGCCGCUUUCCCCUCGCUCUCACAAUAUACUCCGCGCGUAACCGCCGCCAUAGUUGAUAUUUCUCCGAUAGAAUAUUAAUAGCAGCAGUAAGUUUUCGCGGUUAAACGUAUUUUUAUUUACUUGACUGAGGAAAACAAGAAUGCGUUCGACGAGGGCGGUGAGACGAGGUCAUUCAAGAUAAAGCCUGGGAUCCGUAGGAAGAAGGAGGGUGUCUACUUUCACAGCUCGUGGUUUUUAGGAGAGUGGCCUGGCAUCACGGCGCUUCGAGUUAACGUGUGGCCACCGUCGGGUGGCUAUGUACCGUUAGCUCGAAUUCAUUCCCCGUUGGCCGGCCCAAGACCCACGCUUACCUACCGACCGGGGGCCAUACUCGAUCGAGCUCGACUGUCGUAUACCCGGAAAUGAGUGCGCGUCGCGGCUUGUGCCGUUAACGCAGGAAGACUGCCAGUAGUGCGCGAAUUUAUCACGAGUCACGACUCGUCACGAUCAUCUUGAAAGACCCACGUACAAUUUCGACGUACGUCUCUCUUUUUCUCUCUUUCUGUCUCUUUCUAUCUUUCUCUCUCGUAUGACGUGUGCACCGUAAGCAAAGUAGCCGUGGCUAGCUAAGAGAGCCGUGGCACAGCGGCGAAUGUAUACGUAGAAAUGAGAAAGUUGCUGCCGCCACGGUGAAGAUUGAGAACGACGCAGGCGAGCCAGCCAGGCGGACGGUCUCUGUACUACGCGAAGCUUCCGACGCGGCGACAGUAGUAGCAGUACAACGUUUGGAGUGCACAAGGGAGAGACACAGCUGCUUGUGGCAACAUGAUCGAUGUACAGACAUGAUGUAUUUACUUUACUUCGGAAUAUGUCUGCUGAAGGAACGUUACGGGAUUAGAGAAUAUCUGUGAAUUCUAUGAAAACACGGAAUAUGUUUUGAAACAGUUUCAAGUAUCGAAGGUCGAUGAACUUCGACAGCAAUACUCAUGCGUCAAAAUUUAAUUAUCGUGAAAGAUGAAUUUCACGCCCUUCCCCGGGUUUACAACAGGCUCGCUACCGACGGGCACAGUUCAUCAGUUUGCAACCGCUAAAUUCGCGCAAAACCUGCCAACUGGUGGUCAGGUGGUUGGCGUUUUAUCCGGUGGCGAAGGUGGGGUUCAUUAUCUGAGGCCAGUCGAUCCGAACGGGUUCGCGGUGGCUCAAGGGGGUAACAAUCAGCAGCAGCAAAUUAUCACGCUGCCAAUUACCGUACCUGGAAAAGAUGGCACGCAACAGCAGCAAACCGUCCAAAUCCAGGUGGUCAAUCCCAGCGUUUCGCAAAGUGGAAACAGCGGUGAUCAACCCAAAUAUCAUUUGGCUCCAAUAUCUCUGGGACAGUUCCCCCAAGGUGCCGCAACAGUUCUUACCGUUGCGUAUAGUCAACAAGGCGCAGAUGGGGUACAAAUUCAAGUUCAGCCACAAAACACCGUGGCUACGACGCAAACGUCUGAUCAAACAACCCAAAGUACAUCCACAGCAGUCACCACUACAUCCCAACAAACCAUUCAACAGACAGUGCAGCUACCAGGGGCACCUGAAGGAUUAACCGUCGUCGCACAGAUUCCACAAGAUUUAAUUUUACGCGAAGGUAUGGAAGAGUCGAAGGAAGAUGUGAAGGAAGGUACGACACCGGUCGCUCUCAUUAAGAGAGGUAACAUUAAGAAUCAAGGGAAUCAAAGCGGAGAGGAAUAUAUUACAUCUAUGCCUGCGAGUUGGCAAAGUCUGGCAACCCCGGGAUCAACUGUGGCCGAUUAUCUCUCUAGAUUGCCUGCUAGUACCUUGCCUCUUAGUUUGCAGCACUUCUUGAAAUUUUCGGCAGAAACGAUAAAGAGAGAAGCCACUAUCGAGUCGAGUCCUCUAGGAGCCGAUGGCUUAGACGCAUCUGGAAGCACUGCAUCCGGUGAACAAGCAGUACAGAUUACCGUGGCAAGCGGUGAAACCGCUAUUAUUCCCGAUGUCGUUGAGGAACAAGAAGCUGGUACAAAACCUAAGAGAAAAAAGAAGUAUAAGAAAAAGCCUCCAAAGCCAAAAAAGCCGAAACCAGGUCAAGUGAGCAUAGUUACUGCUCUUGAUGGAACAACGCUAUUCUGUUGUCCUCAAUGUAACAUGGCUUAUCCUGAAAAGGAACUCUUGGAACAACAUCUUAUCGGGCAUAAAAUAGAAAGAAGGUUUAUUUGUGACAUUUGUGGUGCAGGUUUGAAACGUAAAGAACAUUUAGAACGGCACAAAUUGGGUCAUAAUCCGGAUAGACCUUUUAUUUGUUCAGUUUGCAUGAAAGGCUUCAAACGAAAAGAACACUUGAAUCUUCAUUUUGUUAUACAUUCUGGACAGAAAACAGAGGUUUGUACUGAAUGCGGUAAAGCAUUCUAUCGCAAAGAUCACUUGAGAAAACAUGCCAGAUCCCAUUUGGCAAAACGUAUCAAAGAAGAUCCCUCGAAUAUUGCUGAUACUUCCCAAAAUUCGCAACAGCAAACGGAUCAACAACAACAGGCGGAACAAUUGCAACAGCAAGCAGACCAAUUACAGCAACAAUCUUCGGUAUCUGAGUUGCAGCAGAUUCAAAUACAAGUAGGUCAGGGAUCUCAGGCACAGAUUCAUCAGAUAGCUGUUAGUGAACAGUCUACGGUUGUUCUUCCAACUGCUGCAGAAACUGGAGCAAUGGCUAUGCUCCAUCAUCAACAACAACAACAGCAGCAGCAGCAGCAACAGCAGCAGCAGCAGCAGCAGCAACAACAGCAGCAGCAGCCUCAGCAACAGCAACAGCAGCAGCAUUAGCAGCAGCAUACCGCCCCGAGUCAGCCUGGGCGGUUCUUCCGAUUUAAUCAUCAACAAGCCAGAGGUCGUGCAAGGCAAGGUGUUCUUGCCGAUUGAAUUCUAUAAUCUCAUAGUCAAAUUGGUAUUGUGUUAAAAAAAAUUCGUUGAUGGUGGUUAUCGUUGCCUAGUAGUGGUGUUACAAAAUUGAGACAUUCGCUGUAUCUUUAAAUAAAGAUACUUUUACUGAC